AUGGCAGAGGUCAUUAUUCAUCAUACACCUAAUAAUAACUACACAAUUGUUUCAUUGAUAUGUAAGACAAGGGAUACACGUAUUUAUGAAGCUUUUGAUAAGGACAAACAGGAAGUGCUCCUGAAAGUUUUUGAUAAAUCGACUCCUAGGGAUCUAAGUGAUUCUUGUACGGAUUUCUUCGAAGACCGAGGAGUUAUUUACCAAGUAUAUCCGAAAUACCGAAAGGAAGAGGAGGGUAGUGACUACUUCAAUUAUGAUAACGGUGAUGAAGUUGAUGACGUUAGCUUACUAGCUUCUGAGACUAAGUGCACCAAAAUACCAUCCAUUCUAGGAAAGUCUUCCAAUAUGGAACACAUAUCAUUCGUCCCAAGCACACCUAGUAUCAAAGGACGCUCGAAGGUAGGCAGCGAUCGCUUGUCUAACUGCAAGCAAUCAAAAAAAAUUGUGCGAACACCUAUCCCAAGAGGCACGAUACAUAUCCAGGAUCUAGUGUUGUCUUCCGGAGAAGAUGAGUAUGAUAGUGAUCGUGAUGACGAGUCUAGCAAUUCCGAGGACGAAGAAGAGAACACUAGUUAUGAUGAGGACGAUGAAGAUGAAGAUGAAGAUGAAGAUGAAGAUGAAGAAGAUGAAGAAGAUGAAGAAGAUGAAGAAGAUGAAGAAGAUGAAGAAGAUGAAGAAGAUGAUGGUAGAGAUGAGGGAGGAAAAAUAGCUUAUGAUAAUGAAAAUGAUAGCCACAAUAAAAAUUAUGAUGAUGUUAAAAACUCUGAUGUUGUAAAGCGUAACUUCAGAUUAACCCAAACUGCAAAACUCAAGUUUGAUCCAAAAAGCAUAUACGUGGAGUGCUCACAAACGCGAGGACAAAACCCACGGAGCAUUGCGAGUGGAAGGGGCGCUUUGCAGGAUAUGGCCAUGUUCAAUCAUCAAGAGAAAUUUACCAGAAGUUCGAAGUUAGCAGGUGUUCAGUCAGUAGCAACCGGGAAGGAUGUGACUUCAGGAAGGUCAAACACAUUUCAUGCCAAAAAUAGUCCGCCAAGCGGUAGAGAGUCCAGCACAGAUGAAGAGCUGGGGACUUUAACUGAAGAAGAUCUAAAAACUCCUACCGACAAAGAACUGGAGUUUGAAGUUAAUGCGAAAUUUCUUUCUCCUGGUAUAUUUCUCAAUGAUAUUCCUCGUAAAAAGCCGUUAGAAGAAUCGUUUCGUCUAGAGCAUAGAUUUCUUCCAACUACUAAGGAAGAGUCUACAAAGUAUGGUACCAAGUAUCAUGCAUUGCCCAGAACACCUGCACCUAGAAUCCGACGCAUGAGGCGUAAAAGUACUGGCAACGCUAUAAACGCGGAAAAAGUUUCUAAGGUCCCCGCUAUCAAAAAUUUGGCUACACCAUCGUCUCCCCGAUCACGAUCUCAAUCUGAAUCAAAUUGUAGGGCUGCAUUUGACCUAAAGUUGAACUGCAGCUCCAUGCUGAGAAGAAGAAAAUCAAAGGACUCAAGAGCAAAAGUUUAG